UUUCAUCAAUAACAAAUACAUAUUUGUGGGUAAAGAAUGUCCUAAAAUGUCCUUAAUUUCCAACAGUUUCAUUUGUAUUGUCUACAAUUUGUUUGUUUCGUACAUUCUAGUGUGAGAUAGUGUAGUUUAUUUGGUCGAAAGAGUCCGAAAUAUCUGAAUAAUGUCUAUUUGAAAGACAGAUGGGUGAUGUGCCCAUGCGUACGAAGUCACUGAUGUCGAAAUCGAUGCUAAAUGAAAUAAAUCAAGACGUUUAACUGCUGAUUCCAACGAUUUGAGACUUGCAGUUAUCAUUUGCUGAAAAUGUCCAUCAAGAAAUCCGAGCGCCUGAUGGACAGAUGGUAUGAGCUUAUAUACAGAAAGUUGAAGGAGAGCGGAAAUCUUCUACGAAUCUCGGAGGAAUUCUCGGAACUUCGUUCAAACCACGAACGCGUUUCGUUCACGUGGAAACUCGACUGUGUCCAGGAAACCCUCGAUGUACGAGAAAUCUUCCUAGAAAAAUCGGCGGCGAAGUCCAUUCUAGCGCGAACGGAAGGUAACAAGGAAUUCCAGUGCAAGAAAUUCACCGAAGCUCUGAACCUUUACAACGAAAGCGUCAAGUACGCCAUAAUGUCCACCGUUGAGCCGGAAUUCUCAAUGGCUGUUGCAAACCGUUCUGCCGUCCUCAUUCACAUGAAGAAAUACAACGAAUGCUUGAUGGAUAUCGAGUUAUCAUUUAGCUAUGGAUAUCCUGAAGUUUUGAGGUACAAACUUUACGAACGACAAGGAAAAUGCCACUUUUUCUUAUCCACGCAAACUCACGCUUUGGAGAGCUUCAAAAAAGCCAAAGAACUACUCGCGCUGUCCAACCUCACGCCUGAGAAAGCAAAUACUCUUAGACGAAACUUGGACUCGUGGAUAAAGCGAACGAAAGAGGUGUUAAAACAAAACGAUAACAAUUCAAAGCUUAUCGCAGCCACGGCGAAGUAUCGCACACCCGGUUUGACAAACGGUGGAAAUGCUGUGUUUCCUUGCCUUUCGGCUAAAGUUGAUGUGACCUAUGAUAACGAGAAAGGCCGCCACAUUAAAGCCGUUGAAGAUGUACAAGUAGGAGAUGUUGUAGCCGUCGAGAAGCCAUAUGCGUCGGUGUUACUUCCCGAGAACUACCCAACUCAUUGUCUACACUGCUUGAAACGUAUCCUCGCACCGUACUCCUGUCGACAAUGCGCAAGAGUAGGCUUCUGUGACGAAUCAUGCGAGAGCCUCGCGUGGGCUUACCACAAGUUCGAGUGCAAGUAUCAAGACUUCCUCGCCGCUUGCGACGUCGGAAAAUUCGGAUUACUUGCGUUACGGGUUAUGACCAAAACAACAUGGCCGACGCUGAAGGGAUUCGACUCGGAGAAGUGUCCCGAGGAACCGACUUUAGAAGACGGCUCCCCUUCCAACAGUACCUAUCGUAAUACAUACUUCGAGAUUUACCAUCUUGUUGCACACACCAAAGACAGGUCGACUAGCGACUUGUUUCGCCGGGCCAUCAUGUCGGUUCUGUUAGUGAAGUGCCUUGACGCCACCGGCUAUUUCGGUCAGCGCACUUCGCGAGAGGAAUCGACGGACGUCAUAUGCGUCGGCAGCCACAUACUGCGCAUGCUUCAGGUGCUGCCCUGCAACGCGCACGAGAUAUCGGAAUUCUUGCAGAUCGACAAGGACCUCGUGAACUCGCACACGAUCGAAAUCGCAGCCGCAAUUUAUGCAACGUUCAGUCUCUUCAACCACUGCUGUGAUCCGUGCGUCACGCGCAAUUUCUACGGAGACACGUGCGUGAUGCGAUCGAUUCAGACCAUCCCCAAGGGAGAUGAGGUAUUAGACAACUACGGUUACGUGUCGGCCGUCACGCCGUUGUCGGAGCGUCAGGCGGAGCUGAAGAAGCAGUACUACUUCUCAUGCUCGUGUCCGGCGUGUCGCGAAGGCUGGCCGCUGUACGCCGAUCUGGAGUCGAGAGUACCGAUUCUGAAAUGCCGGCGCUGUCAUCAACGCGUUCCUUCAAAUGCUCAGACCUUGUAUCAGUGUCAGUUUUGUAAAGAAGAGAUGAACGUUCAAGCGAGGUUCAGUGAGGUCUACGAUGCCGGGGCAUGUCUGAAAGUCGGCAUCGAUAAAAUGGUCGAAGGAGACGAUAAAACAGCUCUGCCACAGCUGAUUGCUUGCAUCGACCGACUGGAUCAUUGCGUCAGCCGACCCUGGCAGGAUAUAAACUCGUGCCAGCAAGGAAUCAUACAAUGCUACAAUGUCCUUCAAAGCAAUAGGCACGUUGUUCGAAGAUAGUUACUGACUGAUAUUCAUAGGAGAUUACUGAGCAGACUUCUAAUUAACUGUAGGUCGCAAAUGAGAUGUAUUUUAGUGGUUUUAUAAUUGGGGAAAUAACGAAGCUGUUUUCAUGUGAGGGUCUCGUUGUGGUGCAACAAAUGCUGAAUUAUGCCGACGACUUGUUGCGAUUUUCUUCUUUUGAUUGAUGUGAUCGAGUGUAUAAGUUACAGAUUUUAAAAUAAGGGUUCUCAUUCACAGGACAUUUAUAACUAUUCACUCGAUUGCAUCACUCAAAUGAAGAAAAUCCCAGCGAUAAUUGCGAGUGUGAACUGCCUUUAUCUAGAAAAUUAUGACAAAUCAUGUUUUACUUAAUCUUCAAGGGAUCCAUUGAGGUGAAGAUCACCGAGAGCAUUGUAUCCAAUAUAUUUUCGUACAAAUACU